CGAAUUGCGUGGGGCUGCUUCCUGAAGGCUUUUAUUUUGACAGCUGGACCCCCACCCGGAAAUUACUGACUGAAGCAGACGUGAAUCGUUGGUAGUCGAAGGUUCAAGCUUGAGAUCUAAGUUUUACUUCUGUGCAACCUCAUGCUCAGCUGACCUGCAGGGUGAUGUUGAGGAGUGUAUUCAGUUUCCUUAGGACCAAUCCUGCCGCUGGCCAGAGGAGUAUGUCUCAAAGCAGCCUUGCUGGGAAGGUAGCCAUAGUCACUGCCUCCACAGAUGGAAUCGGUCUAGCUACGGCACAGGCUCUGGGAAGGAGGGGAGCCCACGUUGUGGUGAGCAGCCGGCGGCAGGCCAACGUGGACAAGGCUGUGGCGCUGCUGCAGAGCCAGAGCAUCCAAGUGACCGGGACCACCUGUAAUGUUGGCAAGGGAGAAGACAGAGAAAAACUGGUUCAAAUGACUCUGGAGCAGUGUGGGGGAAUUGAUAUCCUUGUUUCCAAUGCGGCAGUCAACCCUUUCUUUGGAAACACCUUGGACUGCACAGAGGAAAUCUGGGACAAGAUCCUGUCUGUAAAUGUGAAAUCAGCCGUCCUCAUGACUAAGUUGGUGGUGCCUCAUAUGGAGAAGAGGGGAGGGGGAAAUGUAAUAUAUGUGUCAUCUGUGGCGGGAUAUCAACCAAUAAAGGCCCUGGGUCCUUACAGUGUGAGUAAGACAGCUCUGCUGGGUCUGACCCGAGUGUUGGCCCCUGAGUUGGCUCCCAGCAACAUCAGAGUCAAUUGCGUGGCUCCUGGAAUCAUCAAGACACACUUCAGCUCUGCGUUUUGGCAAAAUGAAGACGCGAUGGACGAAUUCAAAAAGAACCUCAGCAUUAAGAGGAUUGGAGAGCCAGAGGAAAUUGGUGGUGUGAUUGCCUUCUUGUGCUCUGACGAGGCGUCCUACAUCACCGGAGAGACCAUCACAGUGACUGGAGGGAUAAGCUGUCGACUCUGAAUCUCACAGUUGAACCUAAUCGUGCGUGUUCCUGUGUAGAUACACGUCUUGAUUAUAUCUUGACUACUUCCACUGCCCUCCACAGCACAGCCAGAAUAAAGCUGGACAUGAAUAAUGCUUAAGAAACCUUAAUGAGAGCUAUAACCGAUCACUGAAAAUUUUGGGUUUCUGUUUAAGUAUUUACUUUUCUUGGGUGUUUAUUUGUGAAACUAGUUUUAUAAUCAUCAUAUAAAAAAUUUAUACCAA